AUGGCAGACAUCAAAGCAAUCGAAGAUUAUGUCUAUAAAUCCAUGAAGGAAUGCCAUACCGAGGUGAUCGAUAAACUCAACCGCAAACUAUCCCAUAUAGUCUCGGAACGACCUAAUGCCGCCAAAUCUCGCAAAGAUCCGAAGUAUAAGCAGGACCUGCUGCAAAAUAUUCUUACAAACGCAUACCCAGAGGUUGAGAAAAUCAUUAACACUAUCGGGAGUUUGAGCCCUGAUGAUAUCGUUGAUAUGAGGGAAGCGAUGAUUAACUACGCUUUUCCUAUUGUGGAGAGUGUAGACUAA